GGAGUUAAUUGUUGAAGGAAAAGUAGUGAAGACAAACAGCGGUCUACUGAGCUACAAUUCAAACGUUUUCGCCACGCCUAUUUCGAACGCACGUGUAACAAGGGCAGCAGACGAGAAUGACGUCAUGGAUAUGCUGACAUAUCGCAGCAGAAGUGAAUCUCAGGGGAACCUGAAAUUAGAGAUGCCCAACCUAAAAUACAAAGAUGUGAACUAAUGGUCGCGUGUCUACAAUCAUCUAGUUUUGCCAAAGAAGAUAUUACAGAAGGGACAUUAUUGAAGGUAUUUAAUUCACACAAUGGAUUUUAUGCAACUGUUGUUAGAUCCUGUUUGUAUUGUGGCCAUUGCUCUAGCAUUACUCAGCAUCCUGUAUGUACUUAAAAGGAACGGGUACAAUAACUUGCCACCAGGACCAAAACCAUGGCCUAUUGUAGGUAAUAUUCCGAAUGUGAGGGGAGGUGGAGCUAUAUACGAGGUAGCCACAAACCUGAGACAACAAUAUGGAGAUGUGGUUCGGCUGAAACUUGGUCCAAUAAAUAACUUGAUAUUGAUCAUGGGGAAAGACAAGAUACAUAAAGCUGCGGUCACCAUGAAUGAUAAAUUCAAAUACAGACCUACAAAUUUCUUUGCCACGAAUUACAUAUUUAAGCAGAAAGGAAUUGUUCUUUCAAAUGGCGAUGUUCAUGCAGCCAUUCGGAAGUUCACUCUUGGUACCAUGAGGGAUUUUGGAGUUGGUAAGAAAAGUCUCGAAGGGCGGAUGCAAGAAGAGGCUGGAAUGUUGACCGAAGUAUUAGAGAAACAAGGAGGCAAACCUGCUUAUCUUCUAGACACCUUUAAAAUGGCAGUGGCGAAUAUUAUUGCAGGAAUAGUAUAUGGAAAUAGGUUCGAGUACGACGAUCCAGAGUUCCACGGGCUGAUAGCAAACAUUGAUAGAAUCUUUAAAGACCUAAGUAUAUUUCUGCCUGAAAAUUCCUUUCCAGCAUUAAGAUUUCUGCCUGGAUCUAAGCUAAGCAAAGUGUUCACAAUUUUCAAAGAUCUUGAAAAAUAUGCCAAAAGUCGCAUUGAAGAACAUCGUGCCACAUUUGACCCUGAUAACAUCCGAGAUUUUGUUGAUAUAUUCUUGAAGCACGAAGGAGAAAGUUCUGGAGAUGACGCUAUCAAUGAGGAUAACUUGUUCAGAGUAAUCGUUGAUCUUUUCAAUGCUGGUACUGACACAACGGCUACCACCGUUACCUGGGCAAUUAUUCAUCUUAUUAAACAGCCUGACAUACAGGACAAAUGUAGGAAAGAGAUCAUGGAGGUUGUUGGAACAGGAAGAUAUAUAAGUCUUGAAGACAAGAAAAAUAUGCCAUAUUUACAGGCAUUUAUUCACGAAGUUCUACGAUAUUGUACGAUUGCCCCACAAACAGUACCACAUACCGUGAUGGAAGACACGGAAUUUGAGGGCUAUACCAUACCAAAGAACAGCAUUGUAUUGUUCAUCAUCUAUACUCUACUGAUGGAUAAAGAAAAAUGGGGUGACCCAGAAAAUUUCAGACCCGAAAGGUUCCUUUCUGAAACAGGCCAAUUAGCAGAAGACAAGGCACAUUUUGCACCAUUCGGUUUGGGUGGCAGGUCGUGCGUUGGCAAGCAUUUAGCAAAACAGGAACUCUUUAUAUUUCUGGGAACUUUGAUACAGCGGUUUAAGUUCAAGUCUCCGCCAGGGAGUCCCCCUCCGUCUACACGAAGAAUUCAGACUGGGAUAACUAGCCAACCGGAAAGAUACGACAUUUGUGCCGUACCACUCAACAAAUAAUUUACCACAAAUUAAGGAAUUUGUGUUAGCAUUUACGUUGCUAUAUAUUAGCAGAGGAUCUAGUUUUUGUAUUCUUUGAGGCAGUUAGAAAUUUCUGUUUAUUCAGUACAGUUGCAUUUAUACAGUAACUGAAUUUCAACAAGAGGGUCAUGAUGACCCUGAAUCGCUCACCUGAGUAAUAUGAGCCACAUGUUUAAAAUGUCAAACUGAUGCUAAAAUAUUACAAAGUAGGUCAGUAGGUCAUAUUCAUUGUCACUGAAAGUCAGUUUUAAGACCGGAAUGCAAAACUGUACAUGUCAUCCAACUUUCAAGGCUGUAUCUUAAAAAACAAGAAGUAGGUCAGUAGGUUAAGGUCACAGUCAGGUGACCCCUAAUUACUUGGGGUCAUCAGGUAAUUAUAUUAAAACAGUCUAGGAAAUAUGAUCUGAUAAUUUUUGAAGUAUUUAUUCCUAUAUAACUCAUACAGCAAGUGACCCCCAGGGCGGGGCCUCUUUUCACCCCAGGGGAAUAAUUUGAACAAUCUUGUAAGACAUCCACUAGGCAAUGCUACAUAACAAAUAUCAAAGGCCAAGGCCUUGCACUUUCAGACAAGAAGAUUUUUCCCCCUAUGUUAGUCUAUGUUAAAUUUGGGACCCCAGGGCAGGGCCUCUUUUCAUCCCAGGGGCAUAAUUUGAACAAUUUUGGUAGAGGAUCACAAGGCAAUGCAACAUACCAAAUAUCAAAAGCCUAGGCCUUGCAGUUUCAGGCAAGAAGAUUUUUAAAGCUUUUUCCUAUACAAGUCUAUGUAAAACUUGAGACCCCCAGGGCAGGGCCUCUUUUCAUCCCAGGGUUAUAAAUUGAAAGAUUUUGGUAGAGGACCUCAAGGCAAUCCUACAUACCAAAUAUCAAAGGCCUAGGUCUUGUGGUUUUAGACAAGAAGGUUUUUUCCUAUAUGUCUAUGUAAAAUUUGGGACUCCCGGGGCGGGGCCCCUUUUCACCCAAGGGGCAUAAUUUGAACAAUCUUCAUAGAGGACCAUUAGAUGAUGUCACAUGCCAAAUAUCAAGGCUCUACGCCUUGUGGGGUUGGACAAGAAGAUUUUUAAAAAUUUUCCUUUUGGUUGCCAUGGCAACCAGAGUUCCGCAUGGAAUUCAAUUCUUUGAACAGUUUUGAAAGGUGACCACACAAGGAUCGUUCCUAUGAAGUUUGAUGUAAUUCUGUCCAGUGGUUUUCAAGAAGAUUUUUUUAGAAAAUGUUGACGGACGGACGACGCACGACACACGAUGGACAUUGAGCGGUCACAAAAGCUCACCAUGAGCCUUUGGCUCAGGUGAGCUAAAAUGUAGGUUCCUUGCACAUGUAAAAAUAUUGAGAAAAAAAAAGAACUUUUAAUCAUACAUGGAAGUCCUCGUUAAAGUCCGGCGACAUGCAAAUGAAGUAGUACAUCGAGCUCAGCCAGACUAUAAAACAAAAACAGCUGAACGUACAUUAUAAAUCAGUCAGGUUUCUGAUAGAUAAGAAUUUUUGACAUUCUUUGAUAGAUCCAAUGGAAAUCCCCACAAAUAUGAUGUGGUCAGGUAAUAGGUUAGAACAUAUUGAAAAUCAGUGAGUUAUCAAAAAUUUGGUAAUGUAUAUAGAAACGAUUAUAACUUACAAUGUCACCAAGUAAAAACCGUGAGAAAAACAGGAAUACAGAGGGAAAAGAAAGAGUUAAUAUACAGUUUAGAAUUGUUUUUUUUUUUGUAAACAAGAGGGCCAUGAAGGCCCUGUAUCGCUCACCUGACCUAUUGACCUAAAGAUCAUCAAGAUUAACAUUCUGACCAAGUUUCAUUAAGAUAUGGUCAUAAAUGUUGUCUCUAAAGUGUUAACUAGCUUUUCCUCUGAUUUGACCCGGUGACCUAGUUUUUGACCCUACAUGACCCAAAUUCGAACUUGACCUAAAGAUCAUCAAGAUUAACAAUCUGACUAAGUUUCAUGAAGAUAAAAUUAUAAAUGUGGCCUCUAGAGUGUUAACAAACUUUUCCUUUGAUUUGACCUAGUAACCUAGUUUUUAACCUCACCUGACUCAGAUUAAAACUUGACCUAUAGAUCAUCAAGAUUAACAAUCUGACCAAGAUUCAUUAAGAUAUGGUCAUAAAUGUGGUUUCUACUGUUUUAACUAGCUUUUCCUUUGAUUUGACCUGGUGACCUAGUUUUCGA